CACAUGUGAGCUAGUUUGACAACCUCCAAUAAACACAGAGGAAGAAGAAGAAGAGGAAGAAGCAGCUAGUGUGGUUAAAGCAGAAUGCUGCUGUUACAGAAAUGCAUGCACCUCGGACAUUAGUGAUGAGAUAAGCCGCCUCUUCUUCCUUGACAUCAUCUUCUGAAGCUUCCUCGUUUAACCCCAGCUGCUGCCGAAGCACAUACAUCCACUGAGAAACAUGACAGAGCCACGCAACCCAGGAAUGUCCUCUAUCCCGCAGACAGCCCCACCGCACACUGACGUCACCUCUCCGGCUGUAGAGAUGGACCCAGUGGAGUACACCUUGAGGAAGCGCCUCCCUCGGAAACUCCCAAAGAGACGGAACGACGUCUACGUCAACAUGAAGACUGACUUCCGGGCUCAGCUGGCGCGCUGUCAGAAGCUGCUGGAGGGUGGGGGUCACAGGGAGAUCUGUGUCCACGGCCUGGGCCUGGCCAUCAACAGGGCCAUCAACAUCGCCCUCCAGCUGCAGGCCAGCAGCCAGGGGGCGCUGCAGCUGGCAGCCAACACCUCCACGGUGGAGCUCGUGGACGACCUGGAGCCUGAAGAUCCCGAUGAGGCCGGGGAGCCCAUGACGCGUACACGCAACAACUCAGCCAUUCAUAUUAAGGUUUUCUACCCUGACCCUCAGUGAUCUGAGUAGAGCUGUGUCAGGCAGAGGUUCUCCAUGAGUCCUAUUUCCCUCAUAAACCAGUGGACAGAUUUAACAUUGUUGUCUGAUGGGACUGUGUGUGUGGAGAUCUUUGACAGCAGCAGAAGACUGCAGAUGGGAGCAGACAAUAUACAGUAUGUUGGCUGUAUGUUUAUCAGUUAACUGUGUUGGAAUACUCCAAUCUAAAUAUAUUACGCUCUUCUGUCAUGUGUUUUGUCAAUUGCAAAUAGUUGCCGUUGUUCCUUUUUCACUUUGCAUGUCUUGAAGCAACAGUGGUGUUCACCAGGUGAAACCUCCGUUUAAUUUAAUACUUGUAAACAUGGCUGUGCCAAAUGUAGAUGAACAAGUGUCUUUAAUUUUAAGGUCCAACUAAGGACCUGUGCAAGUGUUUACAAGUGUUUCAUGUCUGUAUGAUGUUAAAGCUACAAAUCUCUAGAAAAACUGAGGAAUCCUAUGUUUAAAUUUCAAGCUGGUGUUGUUGUAGUAAAUGUCCACUAGAUGUCAGUAUAAAUCUAUUUAAAUGUGGUUUCAGAGCAUUGAACUGCUGGUGUUCAUGUUCAAAAUGAAUAUGUAAUGGACAGUUUUCAGGAAGAUGAUGUAUUUGAUUUCUUGACAAGAAAUAAAUAAUAUAACAAAUAAAAAUGA